AUGUCAUCAGCCGAAGACUUGUCAUAUCACCACGUAUCUGCUGGUGUAGGAGGUGCCCAAGCCAGUCCGGGAAUGAAUGGUUCGGUGUCGCAGAACGGCCAACCAGGCCUGCCUAAGCGAAAGAAGGGUCGUAAGCCCAAGGGACUGGAUGGUGCCAAUGGCUCAGUCGGCGCAAACGGAUCAAAUGGCACUGGCAAUGGCGGUGUCGGCAAGCGAAAGAGUCGAGAAAGCUCAACAACAUAUCUCUGGGAGUUCCUCCUGAAACUACUAAAUCAGAGUCAGUUCAAUCCCAAAGUGAUUAAGUGGACUAACCGCGAGAAAGGCAUCUUCAAGCUGGUCGAUUCGAAAGCCGUCUCUAGACUAUGGGGCUUGCACAAGAACAAGCCUGACAUGAAUUACGAAACGAUGGGUCGAGCUUUGAGGUACUAUUACCAGCGAGGCAUUCUCGCCAAAGUGGACGGCCAGAGGCUGGUGUAUCAGUUUGUGGACGUGCCCAAGGACAUCAUCGACAUCAACAGUCAGUCGUCAGGGCAGCUGUCAAACGGACCUGACGCCAACCACAAUCACCUGCAGUCGAGUCUGCAACUGUCGCAGGCAAUGAACGGCGCCACAGGUGGCCUCUACGGCAGUGCCGUAGCCGCAAUGGCCUCCCCGAAGCUGUCGGCACUGUACGCGGGCAUUAAAGAUUAA